GACUAAUGAGAACGGAUGCUGGCGAAAAGUACUGGACAACCACUUUAACUCUGGGGAGAAUUAUCUAUUUAUAGUAACUUGUUGAAGCUCAAAAAAAUAUAUCUGUCUACACAUUGAAUAAACAAAAACAAAAUGGAGACAAUAUUGACGGCCAACAUGGGGAGGGUAAUACCUAAAAUUUCCUCUUCAUUCAGCUCAUCAUCAUCAUCACUAGCUGACGGUGACACUGCCAUGAAAGUUGAACCACCACUGCUUAGGCGUACAGGGAAUUACCAGCCUCCUAUUUGGGAUUUUCAAUUUAUUCAGUCGCUACACAAUCCAUAUGUGGGAGAUAAGUAUAUGAAUCGUUUUAACAAUCUGAAGGAGGAAAUGAAGAAGAAUUUGAUGCUAAUGGUUGAGGGAUCAAUAGAAGAACUAGAUGUUAAGUUGGAGUUGAUUGAUAAUUUAGAAAGGCUUGGAGUGAGUUACCACUUUAAGGAUGAAAUUAUGCAAAUAUUGAAGAGCAUACAUGACCAAAUUAGUAGUACAGAUAAUUCAUUAUACUCUACAGCCUUGAAGUUUAGGCUCCUCAGACAACAUGGUUUUCAUAUCUCUCAAGAUAUACUGAACGAUUUCAAGGAUGAGCAGGGUAACUUCAAGCAAAGUCUUUGUGAAGAUAUAAAAGGAUUGUUACAAUUAUAUGAAGCUUCAAUUCUCUCUACGGAAUCUGAAACCUCUACUUUAUUGGAGUCCGCCAAUACAUUUGCAACGUCACAUCUAAAGAAUUAUUUGCACAAUUUAAAUGGUGAUCAUCCAGACAAUCCAACAGUGGAGCAAGUGCGCCAUGCCCUAGAACUUCCUUUGCAUUGCAAGAUGUUGAGAGUUGAGACAAGGUGGUACAUUGACAUUUAUGAGAAAAUCCCAAAUGCUAAUCCUCUUCUGCUAGAGCUUGCUAAAUUGGAUUUCAACAUUGUGCAAGCAACAGACCAACAAGAUUUAAAAAAUCUAUCAAGGUGGUGGAAGACGUCAUGGCUUGCAGAAAAAUUGCCAUUUACAAGGGAUAGAAUUGUGGAAUCUUUCUUAUGGAUAGCUGGCAUGAUGUUUGAACCUCAAAAGAACGAAUACUGUCGAACAAUGUUGACAAAGGUCAUUGCUAUGGUUACAGUUAUAGAUGACAUUUAUGAUGUUUAUGGCACUCUUGAUGAAUUGGAAAUCUUCACUCAUGCUGUUCAAAGAAUGGAUGUAAAAGCAGUGGAUCAACUUCCAGAUUAUAUGAAAGUAUGUUACCUUGCACUCUUCAACACUUUCACUGAAAUUGCGUACGAAGUUCUCAAAGAGCAAGGGAUCAACGUUAUGCCCUACGUUACAAAAUCAUGGGCAGAUUUGUGUGAAUCGUACUUACGAGAAGCAAGAUGGUACCACAAUGGAUAUAAACCAAGUCUGGAAGAAUACAUGGAAAAUGGAUGGAUCUCAAUUGGAGGACCAGUGGUAUUAGUCCAUACAUUGUUCCUUGUCACAAAUCCAAUUACCAAAGAGGCCUUGGAUUCCUUAACCAAUUAUCCUGACAUUAUUCGAUGGUCUUCUACUGUUAUUCGUUUAGCCGAUGAUUUGGGGACAUCCUCGGAUGAAAUGGAAAGAGGUGACGUUCCCAAGUCAAUUCAAUGUUACAUGAAUGAGAAGGAUGUUUCGGAAGAAGAUGCAAGAAAACACAUCAAUUUAUUGAUAAAGGAGACAUGGAAACUGAUGAACACAGUUCAAAAUAAUAAUUCAUUAUUUUCUGAAACAUUCAUUGGAUGUGCAGUAAAUGGUGCAAGAACUAGUCAGACAAUUUACCAGCAUGGAGAUGGCUAUGGGAUUCAAAAUUCUCAUACAAAAAAUCGCAUUUGUAAAUUAUUUUUCGAGCCCAUCACAAUUUCAAUUCCAUAAAAUCCUACCUUUUUUCGGUUUUACUUAAUGAGUGCUAUUCUAAAAUGCUUUAUAUUUUGUAUGUGUUUUUUUCAAGAAAGAACUUUUUACUGAAUAUCUACUAUUUUCUA